GCCAUGAGAAAUGUAUACAAUCCCAAUUAACCAAAGCAGAAUCGAUCCCUCAUACCCAUAACUUCCCUUAACCACAACAAAAUAUCCUCAAAUCUCCUCUUCUCUCUCCUAAAACCCCUCCAGUCACCCCUUAAUCUCAUUCUUCCCUUUUCCUUAAAACUCCACUUAGGCACUAAAAUCAGCUAAAACCUUAAGACCGCAAACAGAGGGAUCAUAUGGUUUAAACUUAAGUUGGCAAUGAAGAGAAGAUGAAGAAAACAAAGGGGAAUUUGGGUGGAGCAGGUAUAGAGAAGAGGACAGAAUUUAAGUGAAGGGCAGGUUAUAAAAUUAUAAUGUAUUUGUUACUGUUUUUAGCGAUUGGAGCAAGUAUAAGUAGUGGUAUUGCUUUUAUAUGGAUACUAUGGUCACGAAUCAGGCAAAUUCUUCAUAUUUUGUUAAUGGAGCACCCAAAGACUGUCAGAUUUCUGCAAGUAACCAAGUUGUUGGAGUUUACUGUGCAGAGCAAAAGUAUUUGUUCUUUCACAAAAAGGAUGAAUUCUUCAAUGGAGAUUUACCCACUCAAAAUAAAUACUCUAGCUCUUAGUCAUUCCAUGCUUUUCUUCUUGAGAUAUAUUCGAAUGGUUAUAAGUUUCAUCAAAGUGCUAUAACUUUGUAUAGAAGUCGAAAAUCUGGAGGAAGAUUAUAAACACGCUAAAGUUCACAAAGGAAGCGGAGACUACUUCAUAACCUCAACUAAAGGCCAGUGGUCUAACUGCGUUAUAACCCAAGUAAUAAACGGCGAAAUAAAAACCGAACAUUGGUUUGUUUUCAAUACUACUACAAAACAGAAAAGAGCAUGAUUAAAAAGAAAUCAAGAAUAAAAAUAUAAUCAACAAAAGAAGCAGAAUAACUAUUCGAAGGAUUAUUCCUCAAUCUCAGACAUAGAGGAUUAUUCAUCACAUUCUGAUAAAUUUGCACAUUCUAAACCUACUCCAACAGAGGUAAUUCUUCUUGAUGAUGAAGAUGAUAUUCCAAGAUACUAAACCACUAAUAAUACCUCAAAACUUAUGUUUAGAAUCAGAAAAGUCCAAAAAGGGAAACUACAACGAGAAAACAACAAAUUCCAAAUUCCAAAAGACUCUCAUGAAGGCUACCAGGGACAGAACAUAAUAAGAAAAAUAAAGAGCAAGAACAAAAAAUUCAACCAAGGGAAUUGGAGGAAUAAAGGAGAAACUUUCGCUCAAAACUGGGCCAAAGAUGCUUGGGAAAUCGAAAGACCAGGGAAGAAAGGUAGAAAUAAU